AUGGAUGCCGAAAAGGCUCGGCAAUACCUCAGCAAUAUUCUUAACAAGAAUCUUCGCGUGUACACCUCCGAUGGACGGUUGUUCUGGGGCGCCCUAAAAUGCACCGACCCGGACAAGAAUAUUGUGCUAGCUCACACUUAUGAAUAUCGGCAGCCAUCUUCAAGAGAGCGUGAAAAGGCAGCAGAGAAAGCUGACGGAGACACUGCCAAGGUCGACAUGACCUCUCGCUACUUGGGACUGGUUGUUAUACCCGGGGAACACAUUGCCAAAAUGGAAGUCGAGGAGUUUACGAGUCAAAUGAGGAAUCAGAAUAUCAUAUAG